AUGGCCGCCGCUCGUUGGUUCACGCGUGAAGAUUUGAAGGCAAUGCAAGGGAAACAGGGGGCACAGUAUUGGAAGAAGCUCCGUAGGCACAUCCGCAAGGCGAACAAGAAUUGGGUUUGCAAAUCGGAGGCCAUGAAGCAGCAGUGGAAGCGGAUGGAGCGCGAAUUCAAGGAGAUCAACGAUGCUUUGAACGUGUCAGGCAACGCCAACAUCGUCAGGCCGCCGUGGUUUACCUAUGUGGAAGAUCUGAGGGCGGGAUCUGCUGCCGUUGACCCCCAUGUUGUGGAUGGCGGUGGCGCCGCCGAGGACCAUGCUGAUCCUAACGCGACCAUGGAGCCUCCAUCCACUGCGACAGCUACUCAGCAAGUGCCCGUGGUUCAAGCCCCACUCCCCCCUACUCAGGAGCAGAAUCCGCAGCCGAUUCGUAGCAAGCGCGUGGCAGAAAGUGCGACCAUGACUGGGGCGAAGCUCAUCGCGGACACCCUGAAGGCAUGUAACCAGGAAGGCCUUGCUAAGCUGGACCAGAUUACUGCUCUCAUCAUGAAUGCUGUGGCGGCGGCUUCAGCGGCUCCAGAGGCGGCAACGGCAAAUGUAGGACAGGCUGACCCUACCACUCCCACUGUGACCCUAGACCAUGGUGAUCCGACCAGCCUGGAAACCUGUAACACGGAUUACACCUACACCCCAAGCUCGGAAGAGACCGCCGCUCCUACCGACAUGGGUCCCACUAACGGCGAGGCCGCUGAGUUCCAGCAGUAG